AUGUUUAGUUCAAACCGCGGCAUUGCCCGCACCCUUUUUCUAGUGGCUAUAUGUUUUGCUAAUACCACAUUGGCAGUCUACGAUACACUUUAUCAUUGGCAAUACCCCAAUGAAGUUGAUGGUUAUAAUCGUGUCAUACAACUUUCGCACGCAGGCGACUCUAACGGCAGACUCAUUGCCACUUUUGAGCACUCCAACAACAGCAACCCGAGUAGCUUCAUCAUUCGACAGAGCAAUGACUCUGGGACAUCAUGGCAUCCGUUAGCAACGGUUCUCGCCCCUGAGGGUGCCCCGAAUAAGCAUUUCUGGCAGCCCUCCCUUUUUGAGUUUCCCAAGCAGCUCGGCAUAUACCCUGAAGGCACUAUUCUACUGGUUGGGAACUUAUACAAUGAUAAUGCCACCGAAUUUCAUUCCUGGCACUCAACGAAUCAUGGCGAGUCGUGGAAAUCUACAGGGAAGUGGCAGUCUGCGUAUGCCAAUGUUACGGAUCCCGCUACGGGCAAAUGGACGCGCGCGGGUAUCUGGGAACCUUUUGUGUUCAUGGACAGCAAGGACCGACUUGUCGCCGUGUUUUCGGACGAGCGCAACUACACUCAUCAUUCUCAGAUGAUUGCACAUGUCACUUCUGAGGAUGGUGGUGUCAGUUGGGGUGAUUUUACUCUGGAUGUCGCCGACGAUAACCAAGCAUCCCGUCCUGGCAUGGCCAGCGUCGCGAAAAUGGACAAUGGAGAAUAUUUCAUGAGCUAUGAGUGGUGUGAUAUCCACACAUACCCAGGCCAUCCCUGCGCAGUUAACGGAAAAGUUUCUACAGAUGGCGUGACAUGGAAUCCGAAGGAUAAUGGUUCCGCUGUGACCACGCCCGAUCAUGUUCAGGCCGACGGAAGCCCUUAUUCCAUUUGGGAUUCUGUAGGGAAGCAGCUGAUUGUUUCCAGCGGAAGCAAGCGGCAAUACAAAGUGUUCCCCUCGGCGAUUGGGCCCAAGGCCCCCUUUGUGCCCGAAGAUGGGAAAAUCGUCCACAUUAAUACGAACAGAGGCAGAGGUGAUUGGCACUGGGCUUCAGCUCCUUUUUACAGUCCGGCAGGCGAUGGCAGCUGUAAGAAUGUCAAUUACAGCCCAAAUUUGCUAGCACUAUCGAAUAGCAGUAUUCUCUUUACAGUGAAAAGGCAAAUUAAGGAAGGAGAGUGCAUUGAGAGUACAGGUGCAUCUUCCAUUGGAAUCUUGCCAUACACAUCCAACUUCUCAGUUUCUCAGGAUGCUGGAUGGAUUCAAUUCAACGGAACUUGGUCUAUCUCGGGCCUCCUGCUACGAGCCUCCAACUCGGCAACUGCUCCUAAUCAUUUCACAAGAUAUACCGCUGCCAUUGACAGUAAUCGUGGAACUCUGAACCUAUACCAAGUGGCAGAGCAGAAGACAACAACACUGCGUUCAGUUCCUAUUUCUGGUGGAGUUGAAGCAAAUCAAGAAUACCACCUGUCUCUUUCUGCGACAUCUAAUAAGCUCGUGGCUACUUUGACUGGCAGCGGAGGAAAGAAGACCACACUAAACGCCACUGAUGGUGGAUUGCUACGUGGUGCAGCUGGAUUGUAUGGGGCCGAAGGCAGUGGCGGCUUCCGUAAUGUGCAUAUCACAGCAUUAUGA